GUUUUGUCCGAAUCGAGAACAUCCAGAAAGAUGAGGUCGUGGUGGACGGCGGCAGAGCUAUGUUCCUGUGUCACGUAACUCCACCACAAGCACAUCACCUCGGCAAAGACCUACCCGUGGCUGUACACUGGACGUUCGCUGGACGUCGCUUAGAGAUUGACCCUCACAUCGACGGCGAGGGCCACUACAUUUCCAAGUCCAGCGAUAACCGUCAUGUGCUGGUCAUCACCAAAGCCCGAGCGGAAGACGAGGGCGAAUAUGCGUGCGUGGCCACGAUAGGGAAUCAAACGGACAGAGCUUACAGAAAACUAAUUGUGCAACGACCUCCAGAACCACCCGUGGAUGUCCGGGUUAAGAGCUGCCACGGCAACACGGCAGAAAUUUCUUGGAUGCACGGCAAAUCCAACGGCGCAGAAAUUCUCGGAUACACAGUUCAGUUCAAUCUCUUGGAAAAACCGGAGGCUUGGUACGAUUCCUACGAGGAAAGUCCGGGGGACAGUACCCAGGCCUUCGUAUCUCUAGCUCCAUAUGGCACGUAUUCUUUCCGUGUCCGAGCCAGGAAUGCCGUAGGGUGUAGUCGGCCCAGUUCGGUCACCAGUAGGGAGUGUACCACUCCCCCGGACAGGCCGGACAGAAACCCGGGCAAAGUCAAGUCCCUGACGGAUAAAAAAGGAUUUCUUGUGAUAGAAUGGGAGCCUCUUCAUCGCCUGUCAUUCCAUGGACCUGGAUUCUGUUAUUUCGUCCUAUGGAGAAGAAAGGGCAGUUUAGCCUGGAACUCUGCAACCGUUAACGGAACCUACGCUUCCAGAUUUGAACAAGAAGUCGAUGAAGUCUACAGUCUGUAUGAGUUCCAGGUCAAGUCUCAGAACGAUAUGGGGGAGGCCCAUCAGCCAGCCUUUGUGUAUGCCGGUAGAAGCUUUGAAGCAGAACCCCUCGUGACAGUGGUGGGUUUUCAACUGGAUCCUAAACGACCCAUGACCCAGACUACAGCCCAUUUUAUCUGGGAGGCCGUGGAUCCCAACGAUAGGCUUAUUCAAGGAAAGUUUCGGGGGUAUAAGAUUCUCUACCGCAAGUGGGAUGAGAAAGAAGUCAAGGACGUAUACAUCCCCUGGUCUGGGCUCACCAUGGAAUUAGGUCAGCAAGCAAGUGGGUCGGUGUCAAAUCUUCCAGCCUUCUCCACCUUUAAAGUCCAGGUGGUUGUGGUCAACAGCCACUACCAGGGACCUCCUAGUGACACCAUCGAUAUCUUCACCCCAGAAGGAACACCUACUGCGGUACAAGGACUCUUCGCAGACUCUGUGACCCACGACAGCGUUACCUUGCGAUGGCUACCGCCUGAACGGCCCAAUGGAAUCCUCACAGGAUACGACAUCGGCUACCAGAUUGUUCAUGAAACCUAUGUGGGGUCACUGACUACUGUCCAGUCUCAGGCCAACACUCCAUUUAGACUACAAGCGAGGAUUAACAAUCUGAAGCCCAAUCAUCGGUACCGGUUUCAUGUCCUGGCCAAGACAAGAACUGGUCGAGGAGUUAGAUCAUACAUCGACGUACAUACAAGAAACCAAACGCUAACCGCAUGUAAACAGAAAAAUUUGUAUAAUUUCAUUACUGAUUGCUGCCAUACAGUGUUUGGUGUUAUACCAGAUAAUGGGAACCAGCUAACACGACACACAGUGUUUGGUGUUAUAUCAGGUAAUGGGAAGCAGACUGACACGACACACAGUGUUUGGUGUUAUAUCAGGUAA